AUGACCGGCGCUAUCGAAGCCGUGCAGCAUCCGCACGCCUCAAACCCAGCCCUCACCGUCCCGCUCGGACAGCCCCUCCCGCCGCCGCCAAACCGCCCCUCGAAACGACCAAAGCCGCCGCCCGUCGUCCACCUCGUCGCAGGCGGCGCGGGAGGGAUGUGUGGCGCCAUCGUGACCGCCCCGUUCGACGUCGUCAAGACCCGUCUCCAGUCCGACCUGUUUGCGCACAAGGCUGUCGAGGCAGGCAAGCAGACUGUGCAGAGGACGGGCGCACGCGGACUACUGUGGAACUUUGUCGACACGGGCAAGAUCAUGAGGGACAUUGCGAAGAAUGAGGGACCGAGGGCGCUCUUCAAGGGUCUCGGACCGACACUUGCUGGUGCCGUUCCCGCCAGGUCUAUAAACUUCUUCGUCUACGGCAACGGCAAGCACCUGUAUGCGGAGUGGUUCAACGGCGGGAAGGAGAACACGGCGGUACACCUUGCGGCGGCAGCAACAGCAGGAGUCGCGACAGCCGCCGCGACGAACCCCAUUUGGGUCGUCAAGACCGACAUGCAAUUGCGGCAUCAGCAACGACAAGUCGCCUCUUCGUCCUCCGCACCAACCGCCCCUCUCUCGACUCCUACAUCCUCCUCAAAGCGCCCUCUCCCGACUCCCCCCAAACCCGCGAAACAAAUCUUCUCCCACUCCUUCCGGUCCGCCUCCUCUCCUGUUCUGCCGAUGCAAGGGCCUCCACCACGACCGACCUCGUGGUCGACAACAGUCGACAUCUUCCGGUCUCAGGGGAUCAAGGGGUUCUAUCGCGGCUUGAGCGCGUCUUUGCUCGGCGUGACGGAGGGUACGAUCCAGUGGAGCUUGUACGAGCAGUUCAAGCGGAUCGCAAAGGCUGGACAGGCGCCAGGCGAGGAAGAUGCCGGAUGGAGGGUGAGUGCCGCGGCGGGGUCGGCCAAGUUCGUCGCGACGGUCAUUACGUACCCGCACGAGGUUGUGCGGACGAGGUUGAGGCAGCCUCUUCCGCCGUCCGGCAUCGCCAAGUACAAGUCGCUUGGACAGACGUUCCAGCUCGUCAUUAAGGAGGAGGGGUGGAGGGCUUGCUACCACGGCUUGACUGCGCAUCUCAUGCGAGUCAUCCCGAACGCCUGCUGCAUGUACCUCGUCUACGAGAUGAUUGUCGCGAACGCCGAGAAGCGGAUUGGCGCCAAGUUUGACGAGGAACAGGCGGCCAGGCGCGAUUAG